ACAUCCUGUUUGUGCCCCGCCCCUCUCCUGCUGCUCCGCCACGUCAGGCCAGCGCUGCCCUCCCUAUCCCAUCCCGGUACACAGCGGUAAGUGGUCGGCUCGGAGCUGCUCCGGGGGGGCUGAAGGAUGGAGACUCUAUACCGAAUACCGUUCACUGUGCUGGAAUGUCCCAACCUGAAGCUGAAGAAGCCUUCCUGGCUCCAUAUGCCCUCAGCCAUGACGGUGUACGCCGUGGUGGUGGUCUCCUACUUCCUCAUCACUGGAGGUAUCAUUUAUGAUGUGAUUGUGGAACCACCUAGUGUCGGAUCCAUGACAGAUGAACAUGGACACCAAAGACCGGUGGCUUUCUUGGCCUACAGGGUGAAUGGCCAGUAUAUCAUGGAAGGACUGGCAUCAAGCUUCCUUUUUACCAUGGGAGGUUUAGGAUUCAUUAUCCUGGAUCGAUCCAAUGCACCAAAUAUUCCAAAGCUGAACAGAUUCUUGCUGCUUUUUAUUGGAUUUGUUUGUGUUCUGCUCAGUUUCUUCAUGGCAAGAGUCUUCAUGAGGAUGAAGCUGCCAGGAUACUUGAUGAGCUGAGAGAGUCAUUUUAUCAGCACUUUGCAGUUUAAUGGCAGUAAUGAUGGGAAGGAAUGGAAUCUCCACACUGUAAAAAGAUGUAGAAAUUGUGUGCAAGUAACAAA